AUGACUUCCAAAAUCUCCUGGCAGGGGGAAGGACCUGGAACACGCUACAUGAAAAAGAAAUCCAGGGACUCGAGCCUACGCCAGUGUGCCAUCUACUCCACUCCCACGGUCAUGUCACGGAACACAGUCGGGAAGAAUCGGGAGUUUAGGAUGACUUCCAAAAUCUGGCAGAGUGUCACACUUAUUGGCUUGACUAUCAUAAUCACACCAUCAUUUGUGCCCACAUGGGGAAGGACCUGGAACAAGCUACUCAGUGUGGUCAGCUCUUGUGCCAAUGUGGAUGCAAGACAGAAACCGUUUGGAGUCUCCAUGGCUACAAGGAUCAUCAACAUGCGAUGGGCAGAACCGCAGAAUCCAAGGGAAGCUACACCAGUGAACCAUCAGCUCUUCUCCACUCCCAUGGUCCCGUCACAGAACACAGUCGGGAAGAAUUGGGAGUCUAGGGUGACUUCCAAAAUCCCCAGGCAGGAGGAAGUCCCUGGAACGAUCUGUUUGGUGUGGUCCCCUCUUUUGCUGAUGCGGAUGAAAUACAGAGACUGUUUGGAGUCUCCAUGGCUACAGGGCUCAUCAACAUGUGAUGGGGAGAACCACAGAAUACAAGGGAAGCUACACCAGUGUACCAUCUACUCCAUUCCCACGGUCAUGUCACGGAACACAGUCGGGAUGAAUCAGGGGUUUAGGAUGACUUCCAAAAUCUCCUGGCAGGUGAGGAGGAAUAACAGUGAGCUGUUGUCCUCAGAAAUCAGAAUUCCCGGCACUCCUGGAGUGUCACGCUUAUUGGCUUGA